GGAAAGCAAAAUGCGAUGGCGGCAAUGAGAUCCGGUCAGAGCCUGGCGGUGCUAACUCGAGCGUUGAUCACUCGCUCCAUGGAGUCGUCUCGGGGAGCCACUCGCUACUUGAGCGCAGGCAAAGGCAAAAUCCUCAGCGAGGAGGAGCGCGCCGCCGAGAAUGUCUACAUCCAGAGAAAGGAGAGGGAGAGAUUGGAGAAGCAGAAGGCUGAGAAGGAAAAGGCCGAGAAAGCGAAAGAAAAUGCUGAUAAGAAGGCUGAUGGGACACAUUAAAAGCUGAAAUGGUGAUGGGCACUUUGGCAGUACUUGAAAAGUUUUUCCUUUGGAAGUAAACAUGAAUAAUAACAGUGUAUAUAACUUCUGUGAGAAUCGCUCUGCGUUGAGUAUCGGUGUUCUUCGUGGCAUCUUUUCUUAAACAUUAAUGGGAUGACUUGGUUUUCAAUGAUCUUCCAGUCUUUUAUGGUGAUUGUUUUUACUCAGUUCCAUUGAGUCUGUUGAGAGUGUCAUGUUCUGCUCGUUUCGUGUUCGUGGCUUACUUUGGUUCAUAAAGUUCCACAUUUAUGAUGAAACUUAUAUAUGUUAUGCUGCGGGUAACGGAAAUAGGAUCUCAUUCAAAUUGCAGCUUGCA